AUGGCAACAGCGAGCACCUCUUCUGCUGGAGCAUCGGACGCAGCCAUCCCGCGCUUCGACUUUUACCAGACCGACACUGCCGUCACCGUAUCGGUGUUCAUCAAGGCGGCGCUCGCGGACCAGACCUCGGUCGACAUUGCGCCACGAUCUCUCUCUGUCGCAUCGACCACCUCUGCGGGCUCGAAGUUUGCUCUGCAUCUCGAUCCGCUGUUCUCCUCGGUCGACCCGGCCACAUCGUCGUACAAGCUGCUGUCGACCAAGAUCGAGGUGGUGUUGCACAAGGCGCAACCAGGCGUGCGAUGGAACCAGCUCCACGCCGCUUCGGGCCACUCUGCACCAACACCACAGGUCACGUCAACAACACCAGCGCCACAACCACCGCAAGCCGCACAGACAGGUAAAUCGGCUGCCCCUCGAGUACGAUCCAAGUGGGACUCGUUCGAUCCUGAUGCGGACGACGGCGAUGCCGCACCUGCCGAGGCAGACAUCAACGCCUUCUUCCAGAAACUCUACGCAGACGCCGACGACAACACGCGCAAGGCAAUGAUCAAAUCCUACCAGGAAAGCGGUGGCACCACCCUCUCCACCGACUGGUCCAAGGUCGCUACCGACCACGUCGCUGCACACCCGCCUGACGGAAUGGAAGCCAAAAAGUGGUAG